UGAAAAUUUAAAAUGGCGGCAUAAUCCCUGCUUGUGACAACGACUUUUCCUAUUUGAAUCGACUCAUAUUUUUCAACGCAUUAGGUGAGAAAAUGCAAAGACGGAUAUUGAAGAGCGAAAGCCCGAUUAUUGAACGUUCGUAUCAACGGAAGCAGAUGACAAAGCGUUCUCAUGCAGCCUUCACGUGGGUGUUUGUCAACGUAAUUUUGGCCGCAAUUUUCUUCACUGAGUUGUAAGUUAACAGAUAUGUCUAAUGAAACAAGGAAAUAUUACCCGUAUCUUUAAUCUUUCCAUUUAUUUUUAUGUGGUUGGUAGUUUGCUUUAAGAGCGAAACGUUUUUAUGGAGCUGUCAUACAAUACCAUAAUUAUAUAUCCAACUGCCGCUUACAGUAUGCAAGCCUUAGGCCUUCUUUGAACCUUGUAAGGGAUUUUAGAAGGGUGUAUAAACGGAGCGACUUAUAUCCGAGGGGGCUUGGAACUGGAAUAGAAAAAUACUUCAAAAUUGGAUACAACAGUGCUGAUUAAGAUACAUUUUGCAUUUGGUGGUUUUUAACCCUCUAACUCCCAAGAUUUCAUUAGAAAUUCUCCUCACUGUCUGCCAUACAAUUUAUGUGAUGUUACUUUGGAGAAUUUGAUAUUGGAUUAGCCAAUAAUCCCCUAAUUGAUAUUUUUCUUUAUUCUCAUUACUGUGUUAUUGUUUUUCCCUUCCAAAUUUUGUUUAAAAAAAACAACAAUAAAAACAAAUAGAGUGUUUGAAUUCAGAGUUUUUUCGGAAAUAAGUGUAUGUUUCAGGCAUACAAUAUUGGGAGAUACUUUUAACAAAUUAUCUCAAAUUUUCAAAAAUUUCAGGGUUUUUGGAUCUGUGGCAGAAUAUUUUGAAUUUGAACAUCCUCUGGUGUGGUUUGUUGGUAAGUGAAGGCUUUGACUGAAUUUUCAUAAAUUUUGUUUAAAUAUCAGACUGUACAUGUUUCAGAAAAGGUUAGAGAAGACUUCAGAUGAUUGAUUAAUACUUGGUUUGUUAAAAGGUAAACUAAACUUAAUUUAGGUAGGGUGGCCCAUUCAACCACAUGGCUGUUAUCCAGAGGGGCUGUGGCAUUUAAACUUGGGUAUCACUGAUGAUGACACUAAGGAAACCAGCUUGAUUAAUUUAACAAAUGUCCACACUGUUGUCUUGUUAGCAGUAUGACUAGUUGUAGUUUUUGGACACAUCUAAGACCUAAUUCUUGUGCAACUUAAGGUGUCCGGAAGUGUCAAAUGCUAGUCCAUGGAGGGACUAGCAUCAAAUUUAUCCAUACGAUAUCACCCCUGAAUCAAACAUGAAGGUCAAUUGAGAAUAAACGACUAAAGAAGUUCUUGAUUGUUAAGCAAAUUCUCCUUGUUAGCUCGUUAAGAAAUGUAUAGAGAACAUUAUGGAGAAUAUAAAAUCAUACUCAUGUUAGGGUGGAAAGGGUUAACAUAAAUGUUCUGGAUCAAUAUCAGUAUCUGGACAACUGCCCACCUACCCCUCCCCUAACUCAACAACAGUCAAUUGACAACAAGUUUAGGUUAAUGUUGGGUUAGGGGAGGGGUAGGUAGGCAGUUGCUCAGAUACUGAUAUUGAUCCAAUAUUCCUAUAUAUUUAGUUUGUGGCUUGGCAAUCUGGUUCACCUUCUGUUUCAUCGUGGAUCUCUAUCAUUAUAUGAGACCUGUUCUGGGACAGAAUAGUGUGGUGCUUUCAUUGGAUCAAAGAAAGCUUCUUGGCAUUCAACCAACAGGUACAGAGUGAAAGAGAUGUGUGAGAAUUUGACAACUAUGUUAUUUGCACUGAUGACUUAGAAGACUUCCAGUAUUCACUAUUCUAUCUUCCCAUCCUUGAGAUAUACUAUUUUGACUUGUUAUUAAUUUUCUCUCUUAACCCUUUUACUCUCAAAUAAAAUUUUUUAUUCUCCUUUCUGUCAGCCAUGCAAUUCUUAUCAUCUUAGUUCAGAGAAUUUAGUGUUGGAUCAACUAGUUAUCCAAAAAUUGAUAUUUUUCUUUAUUCUCAACACUCAUCCGGUUGAUAUUGUAUUGACAUUGUAAGGAGAAAUUCUGUCUUGGUCACUCAUGUGAGUGAAAGAGUUAAUUGACUAUGUUAUCAGUUGUAUGUGAGAGUUGCAAGUAAUCCAGGUUUGGACUUGAUUUGUAUCACAUUGCUAUGUGAUUGGAAAAGAAAAAGAAAUAAAUGAUAAAAAAAAAAAAAACAUAAGCCAGGCAAAGAGAAAAUGCAUGAUCAUGAAAAAAUUUUUUCAGUUUGAAAAUCUCAACACAACUCAUAUUAUCAGAUAGGUGAUGAUCUGAAAUUGUUCCAUAUUGUACAAAUGUAUGUUUGGAAGUAUAUAAUAAAACUCUUAAGUCCUUCUCUCAUGUAUUAGCCAGGGUUCCCUUUAACCCCUAACUGUGACUUACACUUAAUUUCUCUAUACAGUAUCACCCCUUAGUCAAACAUUAAGGUCAUGAGAAUAAAGGAAAUGAUCACCAGUUAAAGAAGUUCUUGAUUGUUACACAAAUUCUCCUUAUCAGUACCUUAGGCUAUGUAAAGAGAACAGUAGGGAGAUUAUGCAUACUGAUGUUCGGCUGUAAAGGGUUAAGAAACCACUCUCUUAUAGGCCCCUCCUUCCAACCAUUGAGAUCCCCAAAGCCAUGUUGUUCAAAGCUGGGUUAAGAAACCCAGAGUAAGUGUGAAAUCUGAAAUUAGAUCUGAGACUUUAAAAGAAAAAUAAAUGUAAUUCUUUUUGUUUACAAAUUGGUUAUUGGAUGCUCUAACAAGAAUUAUCCUAAAAAGGCUUUUGAACAAAUAUAUGAAGAAUCCAGGAUUAAAAUUUAACCUUGGGUUAGUGCUGAUUGGCCUUUGAACAACUAGGCCAUAGCUUACAAGCCUAAAAAAAGAUAAAAAAAUAAGCCCCCUCCCCAAUAAGCCACUCGUAUAAAAAGUCCCUCAUCGCUAAUGAGCUCCUUCUCUUUGAGUGAAGUCCCCCCUGUUCAGCCCCCUCUUUAAUAAGCCCCCUAUCUGCUACAACCUUUCUUCUCUAAUGAGCCCCUUGUAAUAACCUGUAAUAAGCCUCAGGGAAAUUGAUAGGGCCCCCCCAUGCCCUCUCAAGGCCUAUUUUAGUGUUAGCAGUACUUAUUUUUUAUACCCAAAUCAAGCAGAUGGUAAAAAAAUUACCCAGAUUCUUAUUGAAGGUUUUCCUCAGAAACAGCAUUUGUUCCAAUAAAACUAUAUAAGAUUUUGAACCAAAGGAUGCAUGACUGGAUGAUUCUAUAAAUUUCUUGAUGUGGAAACUUUUAUCCUCAUGGGAUUUUGAUUUUUAACUGCCACUUUGGAGUUGGGUCCAUUCAAAAAUUUAAUCAAUUUUUAACUCAAUAGACUCAGGAUUCAAGCUGGCCCCACCUGAAUCUCCUACUAGUCAUGGAUCUGCUGUCUCUCCUUCCAUUAUCCCCAACACUUCCUCCCCCACCAUGAUUAUGACUACAACCAUCACCCGGACACCAACUUGGCCUCAUGGAACCCCACCUAGGGUAAGGAUGCUAAAAAUAUUUUUCUGUGACAUAUAUGGUUUAGGAAAGUCAAGAUUUUUUUCCUGUCACUUGCUACAGGACCCAGUUGCCAUCUAGUAUAUGUGUUGAGGUAAGAUACUGGGCUACCCUCUGCAUAGAGAAUUGUCCAAUGGAAAACAUCACCCACCCUUCCAUUGACCAAAGGAGGGGGGGGGCGGUCUUUUAGAUAUAGCAAUUAGUAGAGGAUGCUAAUACAAGGGGAUUUUUGUAUAAUGCUUUUCAACAAGAAGGUAGGCAGAGCCAUAUGGAGUCAUAUGAUAAAACUAAAUGCAGGUGUUGUUUUGUUGAAUAUACUGUUGAACAAGAUGCAAUGAUCGUCUUUCAGUCUAACAGUAGCUCACCAAGAUCUCCCAUAAUGGGUACACCAUCAUUUUACAAUGAGACAGUGAGCAGUCCUGAUACAAGGUUUGUGACUCUGUUAAUGUGUAGACUAUUGAAUAUUGCAGACUGUCAGGGACUUGCAUCUGGGACUCAGUAACUUAAGACUUAAGGGGGCAUCAGUGGUCACAACAAAGUGAAAAUAAUGAUCUUAUGAAUUAAAAGGAAAUAAAUUUUUUUUUGUUCUUAUUGAAGGUCAAGGCACUCAUCCCCAGGCCGGUCACCAUGUGAGUAUCAAUUCACUCUGACAAAGGGCUAAUGCUUGCAACGUCAGAUUUUAAAUACGUCAUGGUGGCCAAUUCAUGUUAUCAACUUAGUUGAUAACACCAAAUUACCCUUUUAUACUCUCCCACCAGUGCAGCAUGACAAUUUUUUUGGAAGCUUACCCCUUUAUUUAUGAGUAUCAAGCUGGUUGUGAAAAAUUUGUUGCCUGAUUGUGUGUACAUGUAAAGCACUUUCUGUUUGACUGUCAUAAGACCCAAACCAAUUGAAAGUAAUCACAACAGCCAAUCAGAGGGAGGGAAGGUACCUCUUAGAGCCAAUGGGAACUCAAAGUAAAAACCACCAAAUUGCCUAAAACACAGAAAAAUGUGGGUGACCAAGUUGUAAUUGAUUUUAGUUUUGCAUCGGAUUGGUUUAGAGAGUGGUGGGAGUUUUCUAGACCAAUCACAGGGCAAAGGAAAUUGAAACCAAUGCAAUCCCAGAGUUCUUUUGACAAAACUGAAAAUUGCUCUAAUUUAGUUUCAGUUAAUUUGAAUCAUGGUGUUUAUUAGUUCCCUCCAGUGAUCACAUGACAGAUUUAAACUCACUUGAACAGUAUCUCAGAGAACAACAACAAGAAGAAGGAAGAUUACAUAGAGGUAAAUGCAUUCUUACUUGAUAAUUUUCAUCAUUCUCAAUACCUGAGUGCUUGACUUUGUUUUAACACAAUGAAGAGAAUUUGCAUGCUGAUCUCUCUGAGAUAAAAAAAAGUUGACAUUUUUCUUUUGAAUUUUUUCUUGUGAACUAGUUGCCUCAUCAGAUGCCCUUACACCAGGGCGUGGACAAUCUUUCUGGUCUGGCUACCGACACGACUUUACUCCCCCACUUAGUGUAUACAGGAUUGCAAGAAGGUGUGUUUAGACUCUGUACUUUUCCAAGGGGUGCCAUCUUGGUAUCUUCACUGUGCAGUCUAGCAUGGCAAACCCAAGAUUUGUAGAUCCAAUCUUUGUGCUUUGUGUCCCUGCAUGUCGCACUGUAGGUCACUGAAACUCAAGUACAAAGUUUACUGUACCCUGUUUAACAUGCUUCAUAUUUGUAUCACCUGUAGUCUCGCCACUGUUUUGUUAUGACAAGGACAAUGUGGACAAUUUUUCAUCAUAUCUUAUGUAUUUUUAUCAUCACAGGUCACCCGAUCUCAGCUCUUCAAGGGAUGAUGAUGAUGCAGGCUAUAAUAGCACCAAAGCUGAUGAGGUACAUUGCACAUGGUCUCAAUUGAACCAUUGAAUUUAUUGAAUUGUCUCCUAAGAAAUCAAAGCUUCCUUUGUUUUCUUGGUACUUCAAAUUUGGACGAUUUAAUGAACAGUUUAUGAAUGUACCUAUUUCUCAGAACAAUUCUUAUCACUUUUAAUUCUUUCAAGAGAAUAGUAAUAUUUCCCUACCCUCCCCUUCCCCCCAUUAGAAAAUUGUAUCUAUGACACUGCUGAAUGCAAGCAACAAACAAAUGCUUCAGUUUCAUGUUGUUUCGUGUAACAAAAGUAUGCCUUUUCUUUUCAUUUUAAACUCGCAUUUUCCUGAUCUCAGAUUUGGACCCAAUAUGCUGUGACAAGAACAGAUCUGGAUCACUGGAUUGAGAACUGCAGAAAGGUAGACAUUAUCCCUCCAACUCCUUAGAUCUGAUUGUUAAUUCUCCCCUCUUGCAACUGCACAUUACCUUGUUAAUUAGUUAUGAGAAUUUAGUCUUAGAUCAAGAUAACAUCUUCUGCCUUAUUAUUUUGUAUAUUCUUAUUACCUGUUUGUUGGAUAAUAUAUGAACAUUUUUGGGAGAAGUUACAUGUUAAUGACUUCUGGGAGUUUGAGGGUUAACAAUAAAGCCUGAUGCCAGGAGUCCGUAUUCGCAAAGAAAUGCAUCUACUCAGUUUUACUCAUUACAUUUUAUAUUUUGUUUUUGCAUGGACAUUUUGUGAAUUAUUUUCGCGUUCAUUUUUUUGUCCAAUGUUAUUUACAUUCUCCUGGAUUUUCUUUGCAUACUUUUUCUCUGGUUGGGAUCUUUUUCUAAGUUUCACCGCUGAAUUUUUCGUUUACUUUUAAGUUGAUAUAUAGUCAACAUCAUUUACGGUUGAAUUUCCGCCGUUUUCCGUCCAUCAGGUCAUACAACGGUUAUAGUUGUCUUUGCCUUCUCAUUUCUGUUUCUUCUGUUAUGUUAUCAUAAAUUUCUGAGUUUUUAACCAUGUGAGAUCUGGACGCGAACAUCGCGCGAGCUUGAAAAAUGUUAACAAGCAAAACAAACAGGGCGGCUCGAUACGGUCGCACGAUUGUUCUCUAAAAAGGUGUAUUAAAACAGAAUAAAACGGUACAGUUUUUAUAUAAUGGACUCAAGGGUUUCCAGCAACUAUGCCCAUAAUAUUCGUAGUCCUUUUAUGCCUGAAAAAGAGGUCGACAGAAAAUAAAACACUGGGGGGAAGAUUAUGGUUCAUGCAUCACUUGAAACAAAGUGGCGCGUUCAGACAAUUAACUGUUUUUUCGCCAAGCCCAAACCGUUGCUUUCUAUUUAUCAAUAGUUGUUUUCAAUGUUCCUUUCUUUAUCUGCUGUUUCCAAAAGAAAUUUACUUUGUUCUUCACAGUGGCUUUGUCAAACGAUACUGUGUCGGCUUGUGGAGCAGAUUGAAGCCGUUAAUGAGACUCUCUGUAGAAUUGGCUGCUCAGAACUUCAAGUUGGAAGUGAGUAAUCCACCAUUGUGCUUCAGCAUUCCUCUCUCUGAGGUCCUUCCGUGUUUAAGGGGGCACUCUACAGCUUCAUGUAAAAAACUAAACAAAUACAUCGAUCUUCAGGACUACAUGUAAAUUUAUAAACCGGACAUGAUAAAUUAGGGAGCGUUAUCCGCACCUACCCCUCCCCUAGCUCGACAACAGUCAACUGAUCACAAUUUAGGGUUAAUAUUGGAUUAGGGGAGGGGUAGGCGCGUAGUUACUCAGGUACUGACCUCGAUCCGAUCUUCUAAGCUCUAGAAAUUUUGCAGUAACAAACAGUAACACUUGAAUUUUUACUUUCUUGAAUUUUCCUCAGCAAUCAGUCUCAGCGCAGCCAGACAAGUAGCUGUUACUAAAGCCGACCAGGCUCCGACGUUACGGGCCAUCAUUCCAUAUUUAGAAGCUUCGAAUAAUCAGGAAUACCUCGUGAAACGCCUGUCAGGUUUGUUUUAGCGGCUCCUUAUACAAUCUAGCUAUUUUUGAUUGAUUGCCGCAAAACCAUUCGCAAAUAUCGACAAUGACCAAUCAGAACAAUGGAGAAUAACUCAACGAGCCAAUGAAAAUUCAAGGAAAAAAGCCGCGGGAAAACGAGUGCAUUGCGCUUUAUGAUGUCCAUAUUUGGAUGCCAGCAUAAAUAUCCUGUGCAGUUUAAUGUUUAAAGGUCUUUUUUGUCAGCUAUUUUGGUGAAAGGGUCUGUAGUUAUCAUGCUUGUUGUUGUAUUUUUUAGAAUUAGCACAAGGUGGUUGUAUGGGUCUAUAUCGAUGGAAUUGCGGCGGGCAGUACAGAGGCAAAUCGUGGGAACAAGACUUAUUAGCCGAUUCGCAGGUUUGUAAAGUAGAAAAAUUCCCAUCUGUGGAAACAGCGGAGAAAGGUCACACAUGUAUAUGUGGACCAAUUUUUGCUGGCCACCUCUUACAUAGCGGUAAAAUGUGUAUGCCUUUGCGAAGUUGAAACGGCUAAGAGGCGGCCAAAAUAGCUACACGACAUCGUGCUUUCAGGUUUCCGUAAGCAAAAUGUCUCACAGGAGAAGAGGCUAGUAAGUCGGGGUGUCUAAAAACGCGUUUAGUAAAGCUCAAGAAAAAUAGCGAAUCAACAGCUAUUGAGUAAACUUUGUGCCCAGGAAAUUCGUAAGCUUUCCUUUCCCAACCUUUUCAUCCUUCGACAAGUGUCUCUGAACGUAUCACUGAAUUUUUUUUUCUGUCGUAAAUUUUUGGACAACAGUUAAAUAAUGUUUUAUUUCCUCUAAUAUUUUUCGGGGUAAAUUGGCACGUAGCCGGCCAAAAUUUAUCUACCAUCUGAUGUUCAGGUUAUACUGUAAUGUCUUGGUUUUAUCCGCUUUUUGAGAACUGAACCAUCUGGGUCUGUGGGCUGUGGGACCUGCAUCAAGUGUGUUUCGAAACCAACUGUUACCGUAACGCAAAUAUCGCGUCUUCAAUUUGAACAUUUUAAUCCCUAAGAGUGACUAGCAUCUAAUUUCUCCUCACAGUAUCACCCUUGAAUCAAACAUUAAGGUCAUGAGAAUAAUGAAACUGAUCAACAAGUACAGGAGCUCUUGAUUAUUAGGCAAAAUCUCCUCGUAAGCACUUGCGGAAAUGUAUAGAAAACAGCAUACUGAUCUUAGCGUGUUACGGGUUAAUACCCAACUCUCUCUCCUAGUUACUUCUUCACAUGUUCUGUACAUAUAUGGAUUCUCGCCUGCCUGCAGACCCCACGUUCCCGGAUGGAAGGACCUUUACCGGGCUUCACUUCCUCAAAACCCCAGACAAACCAAGUAAGCUGGUGCUUCUGUGGUUAUCUAGUUGAGUUUGCGAAAUUGAAGUUGAAGUUUGGUCUGCUUAUGCGUUGUUGUUUGUGUUACAGAUGCGCGAAAGAGUGACUUGUGUAUCUAUCAGUCUCGUCUUCAUCCGCCACAUUUCAAGGUAGCUAAGAAACGAAUCAAAUUACUUGAACAGGUAAAAUAAGGCUGAGGACCAGAAAAACGGCUGAUGCACUACUCUAGGUGACGGGGUCGUUCAGCGCAGCUUCAUGUGACCUGUCAUGUGGUAUGGAAACGUAUUUUCAUUCUAGAACAAAUUCUCUUGGCUCCCUCCGUAAAUUUCCAUACGGAUGUUGGUGUUGAUCUCCCCCCCCUCUUUUUUUUAACCUCCUGUACAUCGAGUAUGUGAACAUAGAUUGCACGGCUUCAGUGAGCUGAUGAGAACAUUUACAACUGAUUACCAUAACGUAGUGAUCCAUCAAAUUAUCAUGCGGCCGAUCACAGUUAAGGUCUCAAUUAAACUUUGUUAAAAGCAGUAAAAACGAGAUUAUUACUGAUUCAUUAGCUAAACUUUAACAAAGUAAUUAAUAUUUUAAAACUUUCUUUUCUCUUUUUCUUAGGUUAUCAUUGAAGAUGAAGUCUACGAUAUGCCCAAGGUAUGUUGUCCAUACAAAUGGUGCUUAACCCUCUAACUCCCAAGAUCUCGUUAGUAAUUCUCCUUACUGUCUGCCAUACAGUUCUUAUGAUGUCAAUUUGGAGAAUUUGGUAUUGGAUCAAGAAAUAAUCUGAUUGUAUUUUACUCUAUUCUCAUCACUUCUAUGCUUGAUAUUGUAUUGAUAUUGUAAGGAGAAAUUCUCUCUUAGUCACCCAUUGGAGGUAAAGGGUUAACUCUCUCUUCCUAUAAGGGACUAUGGAGAAAUUUCCCCUUACAAUGAUUCAAGCAGACAGUUGAUUAGGAGAGAGAAGAACACCAAACAGGGGAUAUUGUGCGAGUUUACAUUAAAAUUCUCAAAAUUAUCGCACCGUAUAGCAAACAGUAAGGAUAAUUAACUCGUUACCUUGGGAGUUGGAUGGCCAGUGUUUGUUUUGUGAGAUUUCAGUGGAUUCAUUUCUACUUCAGAUUUAGCCUUACAUCAUACGAGUUCUAAAGCCACACCCAAAUAUUAAAAUAUCAUUCGAAUAUCAAGCAUAAUUCGGAAUAAGGUUAGUUAUGCUUUCCUUUGCCUUGUGAUUGGUCUUUAAAACUUGUGCCACCUCACCCAAUCAGAUUCAAGACUACACCAAUUGUGACCUGGUCACGUCCGUUCAGGCAGUUUUCUGUGUUAAGUUUGAGUACUCAUUGUCUGUUUGUGACAUUUUCUUUCGUUCUGGUUGUUCGUUGCGAUUAUGCAUGAUUUGCGACAAACAAUCCCAAAUUCGAAUGCGCUGAAACACAAGGGCUCUACGAUAUUAAUUAACUUUAUUGCUUUUCUUUCAGGGACAGAACAACUUGUUUCACACCAUCGUCUUCUUCCUUCACCACGUGAAAACCAAGCAGUAUGGAAUGCUGGGGUUAGUUGGACCAUUUUCUGUUUAAAUCCUGAUGUUUUCUCUUUUUUCAAGCCUUUGCUAAAUUCGCUAUGGUUUCAUAGUUCCUCCAUUUGUCAGGUAAAUAAAUACAUACUAGUAAACUGUUGGGGAACCUAACAGAAUUGAAUGUGUUCAUGCAUGAGUUGUCGCAUGAGGUUUUAGACUCAACUUUACUUGCAUGUGAAGCCAUUUUCAAUUGAGUGUCGAAAUUAAUCUGGAAUUGUUUUGGGUUUUCUUCAUUUCGUUACGUGAUUGGUCCAGAAAACACGUGCCACUUUCUCAACCAAUUAGAUUUAAAGCUAACAUCAAUCGCGACGAAGUUGCCCGCGUUUUCCUGCGCUUUUGGCAGUUUGGUUGUUUUUACUUAAAGUUUGCAUUGGCUAUCAAAGGUAUUUUCUUUUCUUUUGAUUGGCUCUGGUUUUGGUUUUACGGAACUCACUUGAAAAGCGCUCCAACUUAAUUCAGCCCUUCUGAGUCCAUUGCAAUGCAAAUUUAUGGACUCUUGUGUUUUUUCAGGCGAGUAAACUUGGGAAUGUCCGGUGUGAACAUUCUCUGCAUUCUGAACAUGAAGUGAGUGUAAACAGCAGUCCUCUCCAAAUGUACGAGGUAAAGGAGCUAAAAUGAUUAUUCACGCUAAUCGCUUGGUCACAGUUUAAAGGAGAAAAGAGGGGAGCGAUCUUAUUGUCCAGCGACAAGCCUUUAUCAGGUUUGACACGUGAUAAUUACGUUAUCUUGACUUCAUCAGAAUUUAUGAGACCAGGAGUGGCGUAUGGAGUUGUCUAGAGGAGCCAGUAACAUCCAUUUUGGAUCCAUGCUACUUACAGCACUUGCUGUGUGAACGUUGGCGUUUAUUUUGGAGAUACGUGGAUAUUCUUUUGUUGCAAAUCAAUUAAGGGAAAGAAGAAUGAAUUGCUGAAAAAGGGCAGAUGAAACGCAUUUUGUUUUUAUUUUUAUAUUGACGGUACAGCUCAGCUAUUAGAAGAGUUGUUCGAGAAAUUUAGACCUGUCUGGAAUAAUCAAUAUUUUUUCUGAGAACGUAUUUUCUUACAGUUAAAAAAACUUAAUCUAUUACCAGCAUGAGGUUAAAAGCCUCUGGCACUAGAUAGAAUGCGCUUUUUCCUUGUUUUUUUUGUUUAUCUUAGUAUCACUUUUUUCGAUGUUUGAUUAAAAAAAGGCAGGAAAUGGAGA